AUGGCUCCCAAAUCCAAAGAAGCCCUAGAGGUUCAGCCUCGUUCGGGCUCUCAGCGCUCUCCUAGUCGCUCCCCCAAGCCUAAGAAUCGCAAGAAGACGCCUGCGAGCAUGUCAAGUUAUGCUUCAGAAGGUGUUAGAGAUAACAACAUCUUCAAUCUUCCCACAUCUGACUACAAAGCUCUCGUCUUGGUCACUAUGGUUGCUGCUGUUGUUCGUUUGUUCAGAAUUUACCAGCCGUCUAGCGUGGUGUUUGACGAAGUCCAUUUCGGAGGUUUCGCAACGAAAUAUAUCAAGGGUCGUUUUUUCAUGGAUGUUCACCCUCCUCUUGCCAAACUCCUCAUUACAUUGGCGGGCUGGCUGGCUGGAUUUGAUGGAGAUUUCGAUUUUAAGGAAAUUGGAAAGGAUUAUAUCGAACCCAAAGUCCCUUAUGUUGCGAUGCGCAUGCUUCCAGCCGUCUUGGGCAUUCUGACAGUCCCACUGAUGUUUUUAACUCUCAAAGCAUCGGGAUGCCGCACUGUUGCUGCUGUGUUGGGGUCUGGUGUGGUGAUAUUUGAAAAUGGUUUAAUCACUCAGUCUCGCUUAAUCCUUCUGGACUCGCCAUUGGUUUUCUUCACUGCGCUCACAGCCCUGGCAUUCACAUGUUUCACAAACCAGCACGAAUUAGGGCCUACCCAUGCUUUCCGUGGGCCCUGGUGGUUUUGGUUGGCUUCAACCGGUCUCUGUCUGGGUGCGACUCUAAGUGUGAAGUGGGUUGGGUUGUUCACAGUUGCUUGGGUUGGCUCUCUUACCGUCCUCCAAUUGUGGGUACUUCUUGGUGACUCUAAGACCGUUACAUCGCGCUUAUGGUUUAAACACUUCCUUGCCCGUGUCUUCUGCUUAAUUAUCAUUCCGUUGGGAUUUUACUGCGGAAUGUUCGCUAUCCAUUUUCUGUGCUUGGUUAACCCAGGAGAAGGUGAUGGAUUCAUGUCUUCAGAAUUCCAGGCAACGUUGAACUCGAAAUCGAUGCAAGACGUUCCAGCCGACGUCGUAUUCGGCUCCCGCAUCAGUAUCCGUCACCUCAAUACACAGGGUGGCUAUCUUCAUUCCCACAGCCAUAUGUACCCCACAGGGAGCAAACAACAGCAGGUCACUCUUUAUCCUCACAAGGAUGAGAACAACAUCUUUAUUGCUGAAAACCAAACCCAACCUAUUGGUCCGGAUGGGGAAAUUGAGGGCCCAUUUGCCUGGGAUAACAUUACUGCCGAAUACAUCGAAGAUGGCUCUGUAAUUCGACUCAACCACUUGAUGACGCGCCGAAGAAUUCAUUCACAUGAUGAGAAACCUCCCGUUACAGAUUCAGACUGGCAAUUUGAGGUAUCUGCUUACGGCUUCGAUGGCUUCCCUGGUGACGCAAAUGACUUUUUCCGAGUGGAAAUUGUGAAGUCUAUGUCUGACGGAGAGGAAGCAAAGAAGCGUCUGCGAACCAUUCAAAGCAAGUUCCGCUUGGUACACGUCAUGACUGGCUGUGUUCUAUUUUCCCACAAGGUCAAGCUCCCUGAAUGGGCAUAUGAACAGCAGGAAGUGACAUGCGCAAAGGGGGGUACCCUGCCUAACAGUGUCUGGUACGUCGAGGCAAAUGCUCACCCUAUGUUGCCUGAGGAUGCAGAGAAAGUCAACUACCGAAACCCUGGUUUCCUCGGUAAAUUCUGGGAACUUCAGAAGGUGAUGUGGAGGACCAAUGCCGGUUUGACUGAGUCUCACGCUUGGGAUUCACGUCCCCCGUCGUGGCCAACAUUGCUCCGGGGUAUCAACUUCUGGGGUAAAGAUCACCGCCAAAUUUACCUGCUCGGGAAUCCAUUCAUAUGGUGGUCGUCGACUGUAGCCAUUGGCGUCUAUAUCCUGUUCAAAGGGAUUUCCAUUCUUCGCUGGCAGCGAAGCUGUGGUGAUUAUCGCAACGUCAAUUUCAAGAGGUUCGACUACGAGGUCGGCACCAGUGUACUGGGCUGGGCUUUCCACUAUUUCCCAUUUUAUCUCAUGGCUCGACAACUUUUCCUUCACCAUUACCUCCCUGCGCUUUACUUCGCCCUGAUUGCUCUCUGCCAGGAAUUUGAUUUCCUCGCGAAUCGCAUUCGGAGUCUUGGAUUACCGUCCAGACCCCUUAUUGGUAAGGGUUUGGCUAGUAUUUUCCUAGCACUUAGCAUUUUCACAUUCACACUCUAUUCGCCUCUUGUCUACGGCAACCCUUGGACACAGGAAGCCUGCCAGAAAGUGAAACUCAUGGACACUUGGGAUUUUGAUUGCAACACUUUCCAUACCGACCUUGGCCAAUAUGUGACCGAAUUCCUACACGAGAGCCCUACUGUACCGACAACGGAUACUGCCGCCCCGUCUUCCCAGGCACCUGAGGUGCCAGUGGUGCCACCACCACAGGAAAAUCAAGAAGGUUUACAGGAGACGGCUGAAAAAGAUGUGCCAGAAGCCAAUGUUACCCCGGAGCCUGAGAAACCGCGCUCCAAGGCACGUGUAGAGUACCGAGACCAACAUGGAAAUCUGUUGGAUGAAGAAGUAGUAGCCUCACUGGCAAAAGAAGGUAAAGUGUCGUUUGAAACCCGCCACGAAACCCGAACUCGCCUCGCAAAUGGCCACGAAGUCGAUAUGGUCGAUGGUAAAGUUGCGCCGCCGCACCCGGAUGUCGAGGGUCAAAACCCUGAAACUUUUGGAAACAAGGAGCAUCAACGCAACGAAGAGGGCCCUGCUUCAGCAGCGGGAGAGGGAAUUUCCAUCGAUGAACAGAACUCUCCUGAACCGAAGCCUGCCAGCGAGGGUAAUGAGGCCACUCAACUCUGA